UGUUGAUCGCCGUCACCCCUUGGACAUGUCGCUCCUGAGAUGGCACCAGCGUUCUUUGUACAUAUUACUUUCAUUUACCACUACUUGUGGAGCUGUUAUUGACUCCACUAUCGGGUCUGGCACCCGCAUCCAUCUUCUUGUCCACCGUGCUAAGCCGUGGUGGGUGAAGAAGACGCAGAAACCUACUUCUUUCAUUCCUUCAACAUAGUUAUUCAUCCCCUGAUUCUUAAAUAUGCUGGUCCCCCAUCGAGGUACGGCGCUUGUCCUGAUCAUCGUGGGGUUUGCGCUUUUUCUUGUCAUUCUCUCGUCCCCUCAAGGCACAUCUCUAGAUGCCGUUGCGGGCUCAGUUAAGUUCCUUCCCCGGCCGGCGCUCCCUUCGUGGACCAGUAUCUAUUCACCUCUACGUCCCUCAGCUCACAAGCCCCCGGAGUCGCAAAACUCCUCGAGCGGAGAUUCCGCUUGGUUUAGCGACCUGUCAUGGCUGAACCCGUUUUCCUCGUCCAUUACGCUAGAUGAGAAUCGAUCUGUCCUUCCUCCCCUUCGCCACCGGCCUCCCAUAUAUACCUACUAUGAUGGGAACCGAAACGUUCGGCAUGAACGAGAGGCCGAUGCUAAGCUGCUGCUCGCCUGGCGGAGAGCUUGGUUUGCACAAGGUUUCCGUCCGGUUAUUCUGGGUCGCGGAGAAGCAAUGAACAACCGGCUCUAUGAAGCUGCACAGAAACUGCAGCUGCAACCGAAGCUCGAAACCGAUAUGUUCAGGUGGCUAGCUUGGGGAGAUAUGGGUGCUGGCCUUCUUGCAGAUUGGCGGUGCUUUCCCAUGGCCCGAUACGACAACGAACUUCUGUCGUAUCUCCGCCAAGGAGCUCUUCCAGCUCAGAUAACGCGAUUCGACUGGUGUCUCGUUGCUGGGGAAAAGGGAAAAGUAAACGAUGCGAUUCAAAAGGCUAUCAACAACGUGAAAGAAGAGUCGAAGUCCAUACUGGAUGUGAUCCCUGCAGACUUGUUCAAAACAGAGAACCCAGAUGCCCUAGCUUUCUACGGCUCAAAUGUCCUCAGCACUCACUAUCCUUCGCUUGCGGAGAAAAUUGUCUCAUCACCUGCCGCAGGGCGAUCAGAUCUGGUAGAUUUGAUUAACUCGCAUCUACACCAGACUUUUCAGAACGUCUUCCCAGCAGGCGUUGCCGUCCUAAGGCCCUUCCCGGAUUGUACUACCGCUCUCGUGGAACCGACUCUGCUUCUCGCGAAAGAACUGGUGCGAUGUCCCAAUUCUCCUAUGCCAUCUUCAUGCCCACCGAACCGCAACGGAUGCCAUCCUUGCAGCGCUGGGAAGAAGAUGCAUAUCACUCAGCCUUCCAUCUACAAGAACACGUCUCGUGUAUUUACGAUAGGCACUGUUCCUCACCCUUACACUUUGAUUAGUUUACAGCAUGGAGCAGAUGAUAUCACCACACGACUCAUCCGUCGUGAGACUCAACGUGACCCUUGGUUGACGGAAGUAACAAAGGACCUUCUUGAACCCAGACUCGGGCCGUCGUCUCGAGCUGUGGUGUUUAAAGACGCCGUCGCUGGCGAUGCAGCAAUCGGCUCAUCAUUGUGGAUAACAGUCGAGUCUCUUUCAGCAAAGUCCGGUGACACUCUUCCGGAGACAUUCCUAGACGAGUUGGAAUGGCAGUUUGGAUUCAGGAUUCCUCGCGAGAACCCGGAUUUGACGAACAAGGAUCCAACGAAGAACAAGGCGGCGAAUCCCCAACCGGCCAAGCAAAGCGUCGAAAGUGAGUAUGAGCUCAUCGGAAAAGCUAGGGAGGCCCUGAAGGGAAAAGACAACAACCGGGUCGGCAUCAAAGAGGUGGCCGAGGCGUGGAAUCUGGCAGACACUGAAGUUUGGCGUUUCGUGCGGGCGUAUCGAGCCAGAAGCGUCGUCGAGCGUCAGAAAUGGGAAGAGGAGGAAAAGAAUUUUGUUGGAGCAUGAUGAAAUAAUGCCAUUGUUCCCAUUCUAUUGUACAGUAUAUUAUUCUGUGCUAUAUACUACUACUACUAUUCUAUAUUCUUGUCUUUGGUUUUCUUGCAACACUUUGGAUUCUUUACACUAUUCUGUGAAUAUGUCUUGUCUUGACGCUGGCCUGUCCCUGGACUGUUUAUUGGAUGCUGCUGCUUUCUGCAAUAUGUCAUUUAUUUCCGAAGAGUUCAUUGUCUA